AUGGUGGCCGAAGUGAAUGUGAGCGGCAUUACCGUGUCGUUCCCCUUUGAUCCAUAUCCAGCACAGGUGGAGUUCAUGCGCAGCGUUGUGGAGUGCCUCCAGCACGGCUUCAACGGGCUACUGGAGUCCCCUACUGGUACUGGCAAGACGCUCUGCCUGUUGUGUAGCACGCUUGCCUGGAUUGCGGCAACCUCGCAAGACGCCAUUUUUCGGCCUACGAGCGGCCGGGAGCAGAAAGGUCGUGGGAUGCAUACCCACAAAGUGGUUUACUGUAGCCGAACGCACGCCCAGCUGACCCAGGUGGUGCGUGAGCUGAGACGCACGUCGUAUGCGCAGCGCUUCACCAUGGCUGUGCUCGGGUCUCGUGAGCACAUGUGCUUGAACAAGGAGGUGACGCGGCUCCCGUCGUCGCAGGCGCAGAACACCAUGUGCAGCGUGCUUAGGUCGGAGCGCAACUGCCGCUUCUUCCGUGGUUUGCAGUCGGCGGCCGCUGGCGCCGGCCUUCUGCCGCCGGAAUGCGUGGUGCACGACAUGGAGGACUUGAUGCGAGAGGGAAGUCGAAGCGGGUUCUGUCCGUACUUCCAUGAGCGUGACGCAGCAAAGGACGCGGACGUUGUGUUCCUGCCGUACAACUACAUUCUUGACCCCUUACUCCAGAAGCAGUUGCCAUUUGAGCUGAGGAACUGCAUUCUCAUUGUGGACGAGGCGCACAACCUUCCUUCCGUACUGAGCAGCUCGAGCUGUCAGACUUUGUCGCCGCUGGAUGUGACUACCGCCAUCCACGACUGCUCACGAGCUAUCGCAAUGCACCGCCUCACCACAAAGAAGGCGGAGCUAGACGAGGACGUGGCGCUGGAGGAGGAGCAGGAGCUGGCAUCACUUAAGAUCCUGCUUAGCCGGCUAGAGAUGUGCCUGUACGCGGAACCCAUGGAGGAGGGGAUGGCGGCGUCCACGCCGAUGCAGUGCGAUAUGGUGCGGAAUGGUUCCUACAUGUUCGCCUUCUUGGAGAAGGCCCUUAUCACUCGCGAGGUCUUCGGGGUGCAGUCGGAUAGUGUCACCUCGGCGUCGGGGCUAACAGGGAUCAUGGGGAAAUGUGUGACGUUGCUGGCAGAGAGCGAGCGACCCGCAACAAGUAUGGCGCGAGUGCAGGAGUUUCUCACAUUUGUCUUCGAUUUCGAUCCCGCUCAUCUCGACUCCACCAGGUUUGUGCUCCAGCAGCAGCUCGUUGCCGCCAAGGCGGCCCGCACGCUCGGCUUCUGGGAGCUGGACAACACGCGCUUGAUGCGGCAGGUCGUGUUGCCGCUUCAUUCGACGCUGCUCACGAGCGGCACGCUGUCCCCCCUCGAUCAAUUCGCGGCGGAGCUGGGCGUAGAGUUUCAGGUGCGUCUGAAGGGAAGCCACGUAAUCCAGCCGGACCAGGUGCUCGGCGGGGUCCUCUGCCGUGGGCCGAGCGGCGAGAAGUUGAACGGCGGCUUUUCUUACCGUAGCAGCGUGGACUACCGCGUAGGCCUCGGCAUGAGUCUCGCCAACAUCGCUCGCAACACACCUGGCGGCACUCUUGUGUUCUUCCCUAGCUACGCCGCGAUGAACUCUGUGGUCGAGCUGUGGCGUGCGGGGAGCGGCCGGGCAGGCGACACCAAAACGGUGUGGGGCCUCUUGUCAGAGCUGAAGCCGAUUUUCGUCGAGCCGAACAACUCCAACGACCUGCCAACCAUCGUGCAGGGCUUCCAAAAGGAAGUGGACACGUCGCCUCUCCGCGGCGCAAUUCUGCUGGCGGUGUGCCGCGGCAAGGUCAGCGAGGGCAUCGACUUUGCUGACAACCACGGCCGCUGCGUGUUCGUGACGGGCAUCCCAUACGCCAACCACACCGACCUCUUUGUCCGCCUUAAACGGGAGUACAUCACGCUGGUGGCACCGCAGCGGCCCCUGGUGCACGGCAGGCCUUUUACGGGGGACGACUGGUACCGAUGUGAGGCGAUGCGGGCCGUCAACCAGUGUCUUGGUCGCGUGAUUCGGCAUAAGGACGACUACGGCGUUGUCCUCCUCGCUGACGAGCGAUUCGAGGGACUGCUGAGUGGCGUGUCGGAGUGGGUGCGCCGGCGCACGCGCGUCUUUUCUGACUUCCGAGGCGCCUACGCUGCCGUCGCGCAGUUUUUUGGCGCCCGUCGCCACCGUGCUACUGAGACGGAUGCCAUUCCGUAUGUGGUGGUCGGGAACGGCGCUACCACCGCAGCAGAGUUGCCGUCUUCUGCGACGCUCGCGAAGCUGUACGCAGAUGCGCAGGUGCGUCAGCGCGAAGAGCACAUGCAAGAGUCACGUCGACGUCGUUUCGAGGAAGUACGCGAGGCGAAGGCCAGCGCGUGCAGUGGUACAGUCGCGUCCCCGACGUCGCUGUUCGUACCUGCGUCCUUUGCAGUCUCUUCAGCGACGGGCCGCGCGGGCGAGGUUUCUGCAAAGCUGCUAGAAACCUCUGCCGAGUCACUGGAGAUGACGGAAGUGUCGACGGAGAGAGAGGAUGUGGCGGGCAUGCGCAGUGGCGUGGAGGUGAGACACUCGAACACGUCUCCAAAACUCGGGUCUACGUCAAAGGAGUUCUGCGAGUUUCUAAAGUCACGUGUCCCAGUAGAGAUGUACCACCGCUUCAAGAUGGUGUUAGCCCAGCUGGCGAACCUCCGCCCGCUUCUGCAAACUUCGCCGUCUGUAGCCGCGGAUGAACUCGCCAGGCUCCUCGUACCAUUGCGGUCCGUCUUCUGUGCCACAGACGCCACUUACCAUCGAAUUCUCUUCUCUGAGUUCGGUCGCCACAUUCCCGAGGAGUUCCGGCCACUCUACGCCGACCUCCUUAAGUCCAAUGGGCUGACGUGA